GGCUGACGGGACCAUUCGGGAAAGCAGGAGACGAAGGUGGACUAUGAGGAUGCUUGUGUGGCUUCUGUUCGGACUCUUCGUCCUCAAAGCGGCGGUGGCCAGCCCCAGAUUUUCCCGGCAAGCGCACUUAGACACAUACAGUAGCACUAACUAUGAAGACAAUUUCAAUUUGGAGAGCGACUAUGAGGCUGUCCUGACGAUUGGUGAGCCUCAGAUAGAGAUUGGAACACUGCCCCCACCUGAAUAUGAGGGCUCACUGGAAACACAGAACGAAGUGGAGCAGCCGAAGGAAGAAGAAGAGUUGCCUCUAAAACCCCAGCUAGUCCCUCAGGGUUCGGGAGGAUCUGGGGUUCUCAUGGGCCCAGACACACAAAAAGAGGUGGAGCUUCGUCUGACACCCACUGAUAGACCUCGUAUCAUUCAGGAUUUCUGGAUCUCUGUAGAGUCUGGGGCCUCUGGGGCCUCUGGGGCCUUUGGAGCUUCUGGAACUUCUGGGGCCUCUGGGGCUUCUGGGGCUUCUGGAGCUUCAGGGUCUGGAGGCUCAGGAGAGAUUCUGGUCUCUAGCGCCUCUGGAGGCUCUGGAGGCUCUGGAGGCUCUGGAGACAUUGUGCUGAUCUCCGGAACCUCAAAGGAGCUCCACAUCUCAGGAGAAUCCAGCCAGUCAUUGAUAUCUGACAGUCUCUUGAUAUCUGGGGAUCUCUUGGGAUCCGGAGAUUUCAUGGGAUCUGCUAUUUCUGGAACCUCGGCCGAUUUUGCCUCUGGAGGUUCUGGGAUUUCCACUGAACUCCAUUUGGGUUCUGGAGGGUCAGGAGACCAGUCUGGCUUUGAGGUAUCCGGAGAUCUUUUGAGCUCAGGGGCUUCUGGAAUAUCUGGGGUUUCUGGGGACUUUGAAUCCGGGGACCAAAGGAUAACAUUUAUAUCUGGAGAGGAGGAGCUGCCAAUCACUCCAGACAUUAUCGCCCAGGAGACACUAGGUACUUCUAGGGGGUUCUCAGGAAUCCCAGAGGUUUCGGGAGAUGAUGGAGUCUCUGGAGAAGUAUCCGGAAUCUCUGGGAUUUCUAGUGUCUCUGCAUCUGGAGAAACUGAGGUCCCUGUAACUCUGCUCCCCACCACUUUUGAAGAGGAGAGGCUGCUUCCACCUACAACACAAAGCCCUCAAGAGGGUGCUGGCACUGUAGAAGGGUCAGUGAGCUCUGAGCUGCCAGAGCCCAGUGAGCCUGAUGAGCCAGACAAGCCUGAAGAGCCUGUGGUUGACAGACGAGGUAUGCCCAUUUGCUUGCUGUGCACGUGCCUUGGUGGUUCAGUCUACUGCGAUGACUUGAAUCUGGAUAGUGUGCCCCCUCUCCCCAAAGACACCACUCACUUCUAUGCUCGCUACAACAGAAUCAAAAAGAUCAACAAGUCUGACUUUGCCUCCAUGAACAAACUGAAGAGGAUUGACCUGACCCACAACGAGAUAACAUCCAUUGAGGACAGAGCUUUUAUGGGUCUGCCUGAACUGGAGGAGGUGGUGAUUCGAGAAAAUCGCAUCUCCCAGCUGCCAUCUUUCCCAGAGACUAUGACCCUGAUUGAUGCCAGCCACAAUAACAUUGGCUCAAAGGGUAUUCAUAGAGAGGCAUUCAAAGAUAUGACUGCCCUGCUGUACCUGUACCUAACAGACAACCACAUUGAUUAUAUCCCAGUGCCUCUACCAGACAGCCUGCGGUCUCUGCACCUACAGCGUAACAAUAUUCAAAUGAUGCACGAGGACACGUUCUGCAACCUCCAAGAUUUCAGCUACAUCAGAAGAGCACUGGAGGACAUCCGCCUGGACGGCAACCCCAUCAACCUCAGCAGAACCCCACAGGCAUACAUCUGCCUGCCCCGUAUACCCAUCGGGGAUCUCAUUUAACCACACAAAUACAACCACAUGCACACAUAUUUGUACAUAUUAACAGCCCACAUACGAUUCAUUCACUCGUCAAUCCAAAAUCUCAUUUACAACAGUGCCUUACCAAUAAACUGUC